AGUAUUUCAUCUGCAUCCACCCUGACCUCAUCGCCAACACCUUCACUGGUCAGGUUCACAUCCUGGUCACGGUGUUGAACGACACCAGACUUAUUGUGCUGAACAGCAAGGGUCUGGCCAUCAAGGAAGUUGUUCUCAGAGCCCUCACCCAGCCCGCUGCCACUUACAGACGGGCGCAGCCAAUGGAGAUACAGAAACAGAUUCUUCUCCGUGAAGCUAAUGGAAGACAGGAGAGGUCAGUGAAAAACCAGGUGUCCCUGCGUGUGUUGGAGUCAGAAGCCAAUGAGCAGCUGGCUUUGAUCUCAGACGUACCUCUCAACGCAGGACAUAAGUUCCAGCUCUCCAUCUCCUAUUCCGGGAACUUCUCCAGGAGUUACUCAGGUCUCUACAAAGCCACUUACAUGACACCAGAUGGAGACCUCAGAACUAUCGUGGCGACCAACUUUGAGCCUAGUUAUGCCCGAGAGGCUUUCCCUUGUUUUGAUGAGCCUGGAAUGAAAGCCCAGUUUUCUCUGGUGGUGGUAAGGGAGGCUGGACAAAUAUCCCUCUCUAACAUGCCAAAGUUAUACACCAAAGCACUGCAAGAUGGUCUGGAGGAGGACCACUACCAGGCUAGUGUGAGGAUGAGCAGCUACCUGGUGGCUUUUGUCGUCUGUGACUUUGCCCAGAACACAGCACAGACCAAGAAAGGGGUCAAGGUUUCGGUCUUUGCGGCAGACCAUCAGAUAAACCAAACUCACCAUGCUCUCAAAGUAGCUGUGGAUAUCCUAGAGUUUUAUGAGGAGUACUUCAAGAUCUCGUACCCCUUACCAAAAAUAGAUCUGGUGGCAAUCCCUGAUUUUGAGGCAGGAGCCAUGGAGAACUGGGGUCUGGUGACGUUCCGGGAGACGUCCCUGCUGUACCAGGAACACCGGGACAGCCUGAGGGGACGGUCCUGGGUCAGUCUCGUCACCGCUCACGAGCUGGCCCACCAGUGGUUUGGGAAUCUGGUGACCAUGCAGUGGUGGGAUGAUGUGUGGUUGAAUGAAGGCUUUGCCAGCUACUUGGAGUAUGUGGCCAUAAAACACCUAGAACCUCACUGGGGUAUGGAGGACGAGUAUCUCUUGAUGAACAUGUACAAAGCCCUGGAGAGGGACUCUCUCCUGACCACUCACUCUGUGUCGCUACCCGUCAGCGGUUCCACUCAGAUCCGAGAGAUGUUUGACGCAGUCUCCUACUCCAAGGAUGAAGCUGCCAGCAGAAUAAUGCCCCUAUUUCCUACCCAGACAGCCCAGCAGAAUCACAUGUUCACAGAUGUGAAAGCCCUGAUGGACACAUGGAUAACCCAGAGGGGAUAUCCUGUUGUGUCAGUGAGCAUUCAGGGGACGCACAUUCACUUGCGACAGGAUCUUUUCACCAUCUUGCCUCAGAAUGACACAGACUCCUUGUGGCAGAUCCCAUUUACUUUCUACACCAGUAGCUCAUCCACUGUCACCAUUCAUUUGAUGACAAGCAAAGAAGAGAUCAUUGAUCUUCCAGAGGAGGUGACAUGGAUCAAAGCCAAUGUGAACUCCAGUGGCUUCUACAGGGUCUUCUAUGACAGACACACGCUGCGAGGCCUGGUCACACAGCUGGAGGGGGGACAGGCUGGUCUCAGCUCUGCUGACAGGGCCGGACUGAUCGAUGACACCUUUCAUCUGGCCAGACAAGGAUCCUUGCACUACUGUGAAGCACUCAAAUACACUCUGUUCAUGAAGACAGAAAAGGAAUUAUUGCCCAUAACUGUCUUUAUCAAUCACAUGUCCAACAUGAUAAGCAAAUUCUCCUUCAACAAACAACCUUGCAUUACUCAUCUUCUCAAGGAGCACUUGUGGAGCAUGCUGGGAAGGCUGGCGGAUGCCCAGCGUUGGGAGGAUGCCGGGUCUUUGCCUUUCCAGAGCAGGAGAGUCAAGCUUCUGGAACUGGCAGCCCGAUUGGGACGCUCCCCAGAAACAGAGCAAAAUGCCCUGCGCCUCUUCCACUUCUGGAUGGCCAAAAAUGGAGACCACCCACUGCCUGCUACAUUGCGGGGGCUGAUAUUCCAGGUGGGUGUCAGGAAAGGAGGUCAUAUCGAGUGGAAGUUCCUUCUGAAAAAGUUGCUGAAUGCGUCUCUCCAGCACCAUGUGAUCAAGACUCAGGACUUCUCCCUCAUUGUGGAGCAGCUGGCGUUCCGACCCACAACCAAUGAGAUGGUGUGGAAAUUCCUGCAGAAACACUGGGAACAGAUCUUGUUGAAGUAUCCCUUGGGGUCACCUUAUUUGUCUGGUAUUGUAAAAUCUACUACAUCCCAUUUUAAUUCUACUGAGAAAUAUGAUGAGGUUUACGACUUCUUUGUGACAAAGAAAAGACUGUGUCAUAUGUCCUUUGUCAAGCAAUCUUUGGAAACAAUCAAAGUGAACAUGCAUUGGCUUAAAACUAACACAGCGACCAUUCAAUCUUGGCUACAGAAGACAUACCCCAACAGCUUCAAAUCAUAUUUAUUCUGCAAGAAGGAGGUUGCCUAUCGCUUUAAAUGGGGAACUACCAUCCAUAUUCGUAUUUAGGACAGGUCAUCAUUGUCCAUUAAUGCAAUUUCAAAAAUGUAUUGCAUAUAAGGAACCAGUUUCCCAGACAUGGAUUAAGCCUAGUCCUAAAGUAAAAGAAAAAUUAAAUGAAGAUCUCCAUUGAAGUUUUUAAUCUAGGACUAGGCUUAAUCCAUGUAUGGGAAACUGGGCCUAUAUGUCAAAACACGUAACAAUAUUCUCGUUUGGGUUAAGGGUAACAAUGGUUUAAGAACAUAGAUUAUUGUUUGGUUGUCAACUGAUGUAUUUUACCAUAGGACGUUUCAUUCCCUAGCAAAUUUGUAAUUACUCUCUCUGAUCCCUUUAUAUCCUGAAACCAUUUGAUGUAGACUCAGAGAUAAAAUGGAAUACAAAUGAGUGAUGAAAUUAGUACUGAGAUCCUGUGGGAUGCAGUGGAGGUCACUAAUUGUCACACUCAGAAUGAUUGAUGUUCCUUACCUGUGCAAGGGUGCAGAGUCUAUGAGAUAUUUCAAAUAGGCAAAAGGCUUUUCAUCACAAUCUUAUUUUUCUCUCUUCUGUUCAACAUGUGUAUUCAGACGUCUUAUUCACACUCUAAAUUUGACUUUGAUUCAUGAUGUGUGAUGUGAAUAAAUCUGGUAGAAUUGAACACAAGGAUGUUAUUUUCAGAGUUCAAGGUUAAUAGCACCAAGAUAAAAAAUGUAAUCCAUGUGCAAAUGCAAUGACUGUGUAGUUCCUAUUAGGAUGUGUACAACAAAACGAGUUAAUUAUUGUGUGUUUUAAAAUGGAUUACUUAUAAUAGCAUCGUUAGACA